AUGUCUGUCGAAGACGAUUUGCACUGCCCGCCUCUAUCGGACGCGUGCUCCGGCGGCCCCGCGAACGACGAAGAGGAUUCCGAUGAUUGGGACGAAAUGGAAGUCAGCGGCGAACAAACCACUUGCCUUUUUUGUCCCCUACAAUUCCACACAAUAGCUGUGGCGUUAGAUCACUGCCGAUCCGAUCAUAAAUUCGAUCUGUUAGAGUUGAAGAACAAGUACAACAUGGAUUGCUAUUCGUACAUUAAAAUGAUCAAUUACAUCAGACUCCAGAAACCCGACCCGCAGUUACUAAACGAGUCUUCGAUCGCUUUGUGGGAGGACGAUGUUUAUUUGAAACCCGGUGAAAUGGAAACGUGGCUUAUGUACGAUUUCGAUGACUUGGGCAGCGCCCCAUCGACUCCACAUUACGCUAUAGACGGUAAAACUCCAAUCAGUAACAUAAACUUUUCUGAUCUACAGAAACAAAUACAAGAUCUAACGAUGCAAGUGAGGCAUAAAGAUAUGUUGUUAGAGAACUAUUUAAGGGAUAUGGAGAAAAUGAGAAAAGUAACCAGGACAAUCGUAGAAUCCGGCGACUCUAUCGAUAAGAAACUAACGCACAAUGUAGUCUCAUCGGGCUGUGAUAGUAACGAUUAUUUCAAUUCCUAUUCCCAUUUCGGAAUCCACCACGAAAUGCUCAAUGAUACAGUUAGGACUGAUAGCUACAGGGAUGCCAUAUUGAACAAUAGUAAUUGUUUCGCAGAUAAAAUCGUUUUAGAUUUGGGAUGUGGAACAGGCAUUUUGUCUAUGUUUUCAGCCAAAGCUGGAGCGCACAAAGUGUACGGAAUCGACCAAUCUGAUGUGAUUUACAAAGCUAUGGAUAUUAUUAGAGAAAAUAAUUUAGAGGACCAAAUUCAUUUGAUAAGAGGACAAUUGGAAAAGACGAAUUUACCUGUAGAAAAAGUGGAUAUAAUAGUAUCCGAAUGGAUGGGUUAUUUCCUUCUCUUCGAAGGAAUGCUGGAUAGUUUUAUUUACGCUAGAGACAAUUAUUUAAAAGAAGACGGUUUAAUUUUACCUAAUCGAUGCAAUAUAAGCAUAAUCGGUGUUAGUGAUACAGAUAGGUACAACAAAGUAAUCAAUUUCUGGGACAACGUCUACGGGUUUUCAAUGAAAUGCAUGAAAAGCGAAGUAAUCAAGGAGGCUUUCGUGGAAAUUGUACCGGACGAUAAGCUCAUCACAGAUUCCCAAGUAAUAACGGAGAUAAAUCUGAGAAAGUGCGACGUGAACGCCUGCAUAUUCAGCUCGAAAUUCAACUUAACGGCCCGCAAAGAUGGCGAUUUGACGGCCAUAGCGGGCUAUUUCGAUACGUUUUUCGAUUUGGAUAAUAAAAUAGAGUUUUCCACCGGACCACAGGCUACGAAAACCCAUUGGCAACAGACGGUUUUCUUCCUAGGGGAGCCUAUAACUCUAAAGCAAGGUGAGGUAAUCGAAGGUACAAUAAGUUGUACGAGAUUGACGAAAAACGUGCGAGGACUCGCCAUUACGAUUACAAUCGACAAAAACCGCUACCAGUACGUCAUGGAUUGA